AUGUCGCACACAACCAAGCAGCUGAAGAAGGCUGCGCGCAUCAUCCUAAUCGGUGCUCCAGGGGUAGGAAAGGGAACACAGUCAGAACGAUUACUGGCGCGCUUUCCACAACUGGCUUCGAUCAGCUCGGGGGACUUGUUGCGAGAGAAUGUGCGCCGCAGGACACCCCUGGGCCUUCAAGCUGAAGAAGCUAUGCAAUCGGGCAAUUUGGUCCCUGACUCGAUGAUUCUGAACCUGAUAUCCUCCGAACUCCAAUCCAAGGGCUGGCUCCCUCCCUCACAGUCUUCCGCCACUCAAAAUCCCCAGACUCCCACAUUAUCACCUCUCGAUACUCUUGUACCUGUGAACUUUGUCGUGCACCUUCUCACUCCUCCAUCCGUAAUUCUUUCCCGGAUCGCAUCGCGCUGGGUCCACGAGCCUUCCGGGCGUGUUUAUAAUACCGAUUUCCACCCACCGAAAGUUCCUGGCAAGGACGAUGUCACAGGCGAGCCACUGACGCAACGAGAGGAUGAUUCCAUUGAUACAUGGAAGCAGCGUUUGAAGAAGUUUGAAGAAACUAGCCGAGCCCUCCUGGACCACUACGACAAACGUGGAUGUUUGUGGCGUGUGGAGGGUAACUCCAGUGACGAAAUUUCUCCCCAAUUAUAUGCGGAAGUCGAGCGGCGGUUCUGCUAG